GGAGGCAGGCGAAGGGGCGGCCGGAGCUGGGCGCCGGGGCCCGCCUUCUCUCCUUCGCCUCCGAUCCGAGGAACAUGGCUGCGGCGGCUUCCUCUCCGCCUGUGAAGAUUGGAAUAAUUGGAGGCACUGGCCUGGAUGAUCCUGACAUAUUAGAAGGUCGAACAGAAAAAUAUGUUGAUACGCCUUAUGGAAAGCCAUCAGAUGCUUUGAUUUUGGGAAAGAUAAAAAAUGUUGACUGUGUGCUUCUAGCCAGACAUGGAAGGCAUCAUACAAUCAUACCAACAAAUAUCAAUUAUCGUGCCAAUAUGUGGGCUCUGAAGGAAGAGGGCUGCACCCACCUACUAGUGACUACUGCUUGUGGCUCAUUAAGAGAAGAAAUUCAGCCUGGAGAUAUAGUUAUCAUCGACCAGUUCAUAGACAGAACCACGCAGAGACGCCUCACUUUUUAUGAUGGGAACCAUUCCUGCCUUCCAGGCGUAUGCCACGUGUCAAUGGCUGAACCCUUCUGUGCCAAAACAAGAGAAGUCCUUAUGGAUGUUGCAAAGAAGCUUGGGAUCAAGUGCCACUCCAAGGGGACAGUAAUCACCAUUGAGGGGCCACGUUUUAGCUCUCGGGCAGAGAGCCUGAUGUUUCGCAGCUGGGGAGGAGACGUCAUCAAUAUGACUACAGUUCCUGAGGUGACUCUGGCCAAGGAAGCUGGCAUCUGCUAUGCAAGUAUUGCUAUGGCAACAGAUUACGACUGCUGGAAGGAACACGAAGAAAGUGUUUCAGUGGAUAAAGUGCUAAAGACGUUGAAAGAAAAUGCAAAUAAAGCAACCAGUUUACUCCUGACUUCUAUACCUCAGAUUGGAUCCAUGGAAUGGGGAGAAACCCUGCAGAACUUGAAAAGCAUGGUGCAGUUGUCUGUUAUACUUCCAAAACAUUGAAAACCAAGGGAAGAACCCUCAAUCCCAGCAAGAAGCUGCAUAUAUCGAGAACAUGAGAACAUCCAGGAAGAAGAUGGUUAAAACAUGCAAUGUUGUUCAUUCUUGCCUGUUGCUAUAACUCUUGUUUUGGCAUUAAAAUCUUACAGAGGUUCAGGAAAGGACAAUUCCUGCCAAGCUGGGCCUGAAUUAGUUAGAGGAAGUGACGUCCCACAGGGUAUGAGUUUUAAUCACAAAUAUGUCAUCAUCAUGCUUUAUUGAUACAAGGAGAGAAUAUCAAGAUAUCAAGGGCUGUUGUUUGGGAUCAUGUUAGAGGAAGUCACUGUUUAUCCUUAAGAUUUAAGACUAUUGUGGUAAGACUAUUGAAGGUGCACCUCUACAAAUGGAAAGAGCCUUAGAUAAGUCUGAACACAGUAUUUGUAGAUCAGUUGAAUUGCUAAGUCUUCUUUCAGUGGCAUUUUUUAAUAAGAAGAAACUCUUUUUUAUAUUUGAAUUGGUUGCAUACAUUUGAUGCUGACAUUUGCCUUUAAGAAAUGAACAUUCCGCUGCUUUGAACAAAUAAAACCAAAUGUAACCUCC